UGGGAGGGCCGGAGGCUGGUGAAUGGGAGGGUCUUGGGUUGGUGAAUGGGAGGAGUCAGGGGUCUUAGGUUGGUGAAUGGGAGGAGUCAGGUCGGUGAAUGGGAGGGCCGGAGGCUGGUGAAUGGGAGGGGUCUUGGGUUGGUGAAUGGGAGGAGUCAGGUCGGUGAAUGGGAGGGCGGAGGCUGGUGAAUGGGAGGGGUCUGAGUUUUGUGGAUGGGAGGGGUCUGAGGUCAGUGAAUGGGAGGGCCGGAGGCUGGUGAAUGGGAGGGGUCUGAGUUUGGUGGAUGGGAGGGGUCUGAGGUCGGUGAAUGGGAGGAGUCUGAGG